CUCUCUCUCACUUCAUCGGGAUCAAGAAAAGUUAUUAAAAAAAAAGGAUGAGAAUGACAAGAGAUGGAAAAGAGCAUGAAUACAAGAAAGGUUUAUGGACAGUGGAAGAAGACAAGAUUCUCAUGGACUAUGUCCGAACUCACGGCCAAGGCCACUGGAACCGCAUCGCCAAGAAAACUGGGCUCAAGAGAUGUGGGAAGAGCUGCAGGUUGAGAUGGAUGAACUACUUAAGCCCUAACGUAAACAGAGGCAAUUUCACUGACCAAGAAGAAGAUCUCAUCAUCAGACUCCACAAGCUCCUCGGCAACAGAUGGUCGUUGAUAGCUAAAAGAGUUCCGGGAAGAACAGACAACCAAGUAAAGAACUAUUGGAACACUCAUCUCAGCAAGAAACUUGGUCUCGGAGACCAUUCGUCAGGGGCCAAACCGGCUCGCGACUCAGAGUCUCCACCAUCUUUGGCCCUCAUAACCACAACUUCCUCCUCUCCUCAAGAGAUGGCCGGCGAAAAAGUUUCAACUGUAAGAUUCGACACGUUAGUUGAUGAGUCUAAACUAAAACCGAAACCCAAACCGGUCCACUCAUUACCAACUGACGUAGAAGUUGCAGCCACGGUUCCUAAUCUGUUCGACACCUUUUGGGUUCUUGAAGAUGACUUCGAGCUUAGUUCACUUACUAUGAUGGAUUUUACUAAUGGGUAUUGUAUCUGAAUAUCUUAUAUGAUUAGCUUCUAAGAAGUAAUUAAUCAUCGAUUAUUAGAUUAUAAUGAAACAAGAAUAAGAAUAUGAAUACGAUCGAUUUUUUUCUUUCUAUAUUUACUCUUAGCUUUUGUACUUUUUUUUUAUUUUUGUUCUG